AUGGAUAGGAUUCUUAGAGUAGUUAUUGUGUACUCUUCAGCUUGGACCUGCUUUGCAUUCAAUGUGAGGGAAGAAAUAAUGAGCUUAGGGAGCUUGAAAAGUGUUCUGGCCGAGGCAGCCGUGAAAGGGGCAAUCGAUGCAAGAGUAAGGAUAUUUGGUCACAUGCUUAACCCAAGUUACCCAACUGGUCAAAGAUCAGCUCACAAAGUUUUGCGCAAGAAGCUGAUUGGAGGGCAAGUUUCCCAAUGGUACCUGCAUGAUAUCAAGCAAGAUGAUCCUCUAGUCAUGGCCCAAAAGGAGCAAGAGUAA